AAAUCGAUGUAUCAAUUUUUCUAUGAGCUAAAUUUCAAUACAGACGUUUUAACAAAUAUAUAAAUAUAACCCGGAUAACCAGGACAAGUAAGGAAGCUAAUAUAUCUUAGACUUUGCCAAGAUGUCGAAAAAACCUUGUGGCGGAGGAAUAACUCCAGCACCGAUCUAUCAAAAAUUAAUGAUAGAGAAUCUAACAAUGAUACGUCCGCCGAUGUUGAAGGUAUAUUUCUGGGAGAGUUUCGAUAUAGCUGGUUUGAACAAGAAACUCAAAUCGAACCGACAAGAACACGAACACACAAUUGUGAUACCAGUUAGGCAAAUUCAUAGUCAGCCAUUGAAAAUGGUUUUCUGGGUGAAAAACCUUUCGUCGAAGGAGAUUACAUUGACAGUGAAACGCAUACAGAACUGUCAAUGUCAGCCACUGCAGACACGCGUGGGUUUUAAUCAGUUCCGACAACUCUUCCAUUGUCCACAUCGCCGAUUGAUUCAUGUGAGUCAGGAGUUACUUUGCAUACAGCCCGAUGAGGUGGUGGCCCUCACAGUCACAGCCUAUUUCUAUCUGUAUGGCGAGCAUUAUCUAACCUAUGAAGUAGAAUCAUCGGACAAACGUAAAUUUCUCUGGCAUUUCAAACUGGAGAUUUCUGCUUUUGAUAUAGAAAAGUGUUUGCUAACCAAAGAGCUGAUACCGAUUAAUAUAAAGAACUAUCAUCGUGUUACUCAACCAAUUUGGGUUCAGAAUAUAACGAUGAAUCAUUUGCCAUUUACAUUUUCAUCACGUGAUCGGGGAAUGAAGUUGCUGAAUGUCAACCUUACAGUGCCCAGACAAAGUGUGUGGCCUCUCUUGGUGGACUACAGGCCCAUGGACUAUGAAAACGAGGUUGAGGUCCUGCUUACCUAUGAGUCAACAAAGGCUCUUUAUAAAAUCAAGGCUCGUGGAGUUCUCAGCGAUGAUAAAGAGGAAUCGGAUGUACCUCUACAUGAUAGGGAAUGCGCUGACUUUUUGUAUGUCAUCUAUCCAAAUCGUUUGAAUUUCAAUCAGUGUUUAAGAGAGAAUCGCACUCAGAUGGUUAAUGUCCACAAUUAUGGCCAAAAGUGCAUGGAGUUCCGUUGGCAAAAUUAUAUUAUCAGUGAAUUCUUUGCGGUUACCUUUAAUCCAUCAGUGUUUCGUCUUAAGGGACAUCAUUCGAAGCUGUGUGAAAUAAGGGUCUCUUCAUUCGAUAGGAUCUUAAGUUUCCGGCGGAUACCCAUUGUCCUGGAGGCUCAUCGUAUACUUGAUCGAGCCACACAAAUAGCCAAAGCCGAAUUGUCUGAGAUCGAAUCGAUAGACGAUCCUAAAUGGAAGGAAGAUAGCUAUGUGGAGCAUGUUUUUGUCCAUCUGAAUAUAAAGACAAAUGUGAAGAAUAUUCACGAACGAGAUGAUGAUGAGCCGCGCAAUGUGUCUGAUGCGAAGUCACAUGAUGAUAUAUCGCCCUGUGGGGGCAAGAACUCGCAGACUCAGGCCGCUGGUGAUGGGUCCACUGAGCUUACUGAAGAGCAACGUAAGGAGAUAGAACGUCAUGAGGUGAUCAAGCGAUUGACCAGUAAAAGGAAAUUAACCUCAAACGAAGUCAUUGAACUGAGCAUGGCCAUCGAUCAGAGAGUUACGAUUUUCGAGAAACUCUACUGGAAAUAUCUAUGCAAGACGAACUUCAUGAGAAUCUAUUCAGAUCGUCCGAAACAUGAGUUUACAAAGACCUAUGACGAGGUAAUAAAUCCCAGCAAGGAGCCAGCUAAACCAGAAUGCACCACGGACAUUGAUCGCAACACUGUCAUGGACAUUUUAACCCGUCUCCUGCAAGAGGGCAUAUCCGAUCUGGCCAAGAAUUGGAUGUUUAUCCCUCCGCAGUACUAUGAUAAGUCCAAUUAAUUUGUAAUUCCUAUGUAUUUGUUCAGCUAUCAGACUUAAAUUCAUCUUAUAACCGCAAA